AUGUUACGGGGAGAAGUCCAAAUAAGAUUGAGUCUGGAAGUCUUGAAAAUUAAGAUUAGUAACCUUACUGUGGGAGCAAUUCAAGACCUUAUUUCAAAUUUUUCUGCAUUUAAGGUUUUGAUUUUGGACUUGGAUAAGGUUUGGGACUUGGAUGGUAAUGAAUUAGAGAGUAUCAAAAUUUCAAACCAACGGCUUGAGAAGUUAAAGCUCUUUUCAUAUACGAUGGAAACUAUUAUUGAUGCUCCAAGGUUGAAGUCAUUGAAAUAUUUGCUUAGAAAAUUUCCGUCAGUGUUUUCUGUGAACACAACAAGUUUACAUGAAGUUGACCUUCCAAAUCCUCCAUCAAUUUUAGUUUCUCAACAUGAUGUAAAUGGUGAUGUUGUUCAAUGUUUUGUAGGGCGGAAGAUGGAAAAUGUUUUGGAUCAAGAAAUCAAUGUGAUCAAUGACAUAGUGGGACCUGAAGAGCACGUCAUAUGUGCAUUGUCAGGGGCCCGGAUUCCACAAUUGCUGUAUAAGGAAAGAGAACGUGUGAUGGAAACUUUUGAAAGUGAUCUGCAUCUACCCGUUACUUGUGUUGAUGCAUCAAAUGAAUUUCUUAUUAAGCUGAAAGGUAGAUCGGGUAUUCUGAAUAUUUACAAAUUUCAAGUUCAUACGUGUUCAUUGCCCUCCUCUGGCUUGGCUGUAAGUGAAUCUCACCGACCCAAAAUUGCAUUAAUUGUUAAUAGGAAUAUGUCCAAAGCUUCUGCUGAUCUGCUAUUCUUUAGAACACCAUCAUGGCUAGCGACACGUUCAGGAAGAUGUCUCCACUGA